UUAUAAAGGGAAAAGGGAUGUUGUACGUUAUUUUACGAGAUUAGAGCUAAGAAAAAAAAAGGUUCAAGGACGUAAUAUUUCCGGGUUUUCUUGUCUUAUGAGCAACUUUGUAGUCGGUCUAAGAACUCAGCAACAUGAAUGGAUCACCUUCUUUAAUGGCAACAUAACAGCAACAUCAAACAUGUUUCCAUAAACAUAGACAAAAAUUUGAGUGGAUUUAGUCAGCAUCAGUUUAUUUUUCUUAAAGCCACACAAGGAAGAUUAAGUCACAAACACUCCAUUUCCCUGUAUAUUCUAUCAAGUUAAUCAAUAGAUGAUGGCCGAAUCAUUGUUGUGCUUUCCUUGCUGCAUAGGUGGACAGCCCCAGCCAAAGAGAAGACGUCCACGACUAGAUCCCAGUAUGAUUGGUCUGCCUACCGAUUUUAGACAUACUGCACAUGUGGGCAGCGGUGAUGUCAGAUCGUCUCCAAAUCUUCAUUCCGUUCAAAGCCAAAUGUCCUCCAAAGGAGACUACAAUCACCACAUUUCUCCUGGUCAUCUACAAUUGUCAGUUAUAGACCUGCCUCCUAGGCAACUCACAUAGGCCCAGAAGAUCUCAUCAUAGGCUGCCACUGUCCCCAUUCCCUGCUCCCCUCGUGUUCAUGAAUGUUUCAAUUCUUGUUCACAUUUUUGGCUUUUCCAGUCUCUUUAUUUUAUUGGAUGUCAACAAUUGUGUACAGUAGACGUGCAUGCAAAUGUUAAGUGUGUCAUUGCAUGGGUUUAAAAGGUGCGAAUGUUUUUUUAGCAUAAUUAUAUAAAUGUACAUUUUUUUAUAUUGAGAUUCUUUCUUUGCGUUUUUUUUUUAUUAAUUUAUUUAUUUUUAAAUUGUACAACCCACCGCUUGGUUCCAUUUUUAACAUUCUAAAAAAAAUUAUUUGUAUCAAAACAAUUUUAGUUCUUAUAUUUAAUUGUUUGAAAAAAAUAUUCUUCUAUUAUUUUACACAAUAGUAACUUGUAUAAUAAUUUUAAUUUUACAUUAUUUUAAAUUAAAAAAGUUUAGCCAUUGAAAGAAUAAAAAAGAUUACAUUUUAUUUAGUACUAAAUUUGAGAAUUGAGUACAAUGAAAGCAUAGAUUUGUGAUGUAUGGUCUAUAUUAAGGAUUGGUUCAUUGAAAUGAUUUUUGUUUUUAUUUGGCUGUCAAGUUAAGGCUCUACAGUGCUACCCGUGCAUCAACAAGAUCAGUCUAGACAAGUUUAAUAUGACUUUUUUAUUUUUUACUUAAAAUCUUUGUUUUAUGGUUUCAUAGUUUUGUUCGACGAGGAAAAGUUUUCAUUCCAGCUGCUCUGUUGAUGGUUAGAUUGAGACAAUAUAUAUUUAUUAAGCUCAUGAUUCCAUGGCACUACUUGAUUGCGGUGUUAAGUUUGUCAUUUUUUCCUCGUAUUGCCAUUCGUCUCAUCAUACUUUGUUCAAAUUAUUUUUGGUGUAGAGCUUGCUUGGAUGACCCACUGUAACCACAUUCAUCUUACAAAAUGUUGCCUUCAGCUGGGCUAAGAGGAAACAAAAGAUUCAUUAAACACUUCAUUUGACUUUGCUGCCUUUCCAGUCGUACUCAUCUGUAAAAUUUCAAUGAGUUGAUGAGAACUCUGUUUAGUAAGGAUAAUAUCAGGGCGGGGGACACCAUUGUAGUCCUUCUUGUACACAAGCUCAUAUGAAAAAGUAGUAUGCAUUCUUGUGUCUGCAGUCUUGGCAAUUCUUUAAGCCUGUCAAUGCCACCUAUGGCUUUCCAAUGUAUUUGUAAUAAAAAAAGGAUAAAAAUAAAAAACUUUUUGGUGUUUUACUGUUAUUACAAAGUCCAGAAGAUGAUUCUUUAUCCACCAUCGCAGUGCCUGCAUCAUCUUUAUAUUUUCAACAACCUUCAUAAGUUUUUUUUUUUAAUAAGUGUUAAUUAAUGCAUUUUAUACAAGAAAUAUUUUUAUCUUUUUCUUUCUUUGUAUUUGUCAUCUUAAUCUUCAGUUAAUUUCUCAAAUUAUUUGUUUACAUUUAUGUUAUCUGUAGUCUAGACUAUAAUCUGUAGUCUAGACUAUAAUCUGUAGUCUCUGAUCUGUAAAGCUUUCAGCAACAAUAAGUGUGCACUCCAUUGUCAAAUUAAAAUAUUGUACACUUUUUAACCUUUUUUUUUUUUUUUUUUUUUUUUUUUUUUUCAAUAAAAAUCUUUCUAAAAAUAUUUACUUUUCUACCAUUAGUAUUUUUUUUUAUGUAUAAUGUAAACAAUAAUUUCCUUAAGAGUCAUUGUCAUUUCGUUGUGACCAAGCUCACUAUUCUGUUUUUUUUAGUUAAGGAAGGAAUUUAUUGUUAAAAGCUCAUAUAUAUUUAUUGAGUUAUACAUUUUUACUUUGAUACAAUAUUUUUGUCUUGACUAAAGCCUGUACUCCAUGACAACAUUUUUACAGCAUUUUGUGUGUGCGUGUGUGUAUACAAUUAAAAAGAAAAAAUCUUUUGUUGUUGUUGUUGAUGUACUUUGGCUUAUAAUUCGGGAAUCAAAGCUUUAUUCUAAUACAUUAUACAUUGUUUGUUUUCUUUGUGACUGUGACAGGCUGAAAGGUUAAUGUAUGAUUGGUUGAAAGCAUGAGGAUGUGAAUGCAAAGGUGAAGGCCUCGCAAUCAUCUUGUCUGUUUGUUUUUAAAGGAAAAAUGAUUGAUGUCAAUAAAAAUUUUUUUAUUUAUACUGUGUUUACGAUGGUCCACUUCAGGUCAACAUAUUGUCCAAAGUGGCCUUGUAGUUUCCUUUCAGAGUAUGAUGUACGUUUUAAUGUGUUUUUGGACUUCAUGAUUGGCUUUACAUUAGUGCAAUGUUUUAUUUCCUUAAGUCAUCAUGCUAAUGUUACUCCAUUUUGUGUGUUUCUAUGAUCUAUCUAAUUAGAAAUAUUAUCACAAGGGUCUAUGCUUUGUGCAUCAUUGUUGAUGCUUCCGUGCACACAUCCCUAAUACUGAAAUGAGGAACGCGACAGCUUAGAGCUCAUUUUAAUUUUUUUUUUUGGUCAUAUUUUCAGUUUCAAGUGUGAAACCACAGUUCACCUUUGUUCAAUAAAACUUGUUUUGUGUGCAAUGACUGAUUUUUUUUGGGGGGUUUAUCUGAAAGAAUUCUAUGAAAUUUGAUAAAGUGACUCCAAUUAAAUGUUGUGUACAACUUCAAUAUCUCUGGUCCAUGUAAAUAAAACUACCUAACAGCAGAAUGUGUUAGAAGCUUAGCUCUGAAUUGGUCAGCUCAACACAAACAAUAUCCCCAGUGAUUUCUUUGUGUACAUAUAAUUAUAUGUAUGUGUGUGUGUGUGUGUGUGGCUUGCUUGGUGUUGACAAGGAUGUAUAGCUGAGGGCUAUUUUUAGAUGUAUGGCCCCUUUUUUUCUUCCCUAAACAUUUGUUUAUCAGUUCUCAUUACAAAUGAAUGUAAAAUGUCAUCUUUUGUAUUCCAGUUCUAAGUGUUUAUUUCUGUGUUGCUUUGUCUUUUUGUAUGAAUUAAAAAAAAAAAGCUGCUGUCUGGUUCUACAUGCUUACAAUUAAAGUGGUUCUUUGACAGAUAAUGUUACAUUAGGGGAGAGUCAUUUGAAUUUUAGUUUGGUCAGGUCGCCACACUUUGGCUCAAUAUCUAAAACUUCUCUGUCGUUAAGCAGACAUUUAAACACAUUCAACUUGUUUUUAUUAUGAGUUGUCUACAGAAAUCUUCUGAUUUAUGAAAAUUGGUGUAAGGUUGAACUAUGUUUUAGCUAGUGGAUAAUUAUGUUUCUUUAAAAAAACAUUUCCUUGUACAAUUAGUAGGGUUAUAAAUCUGAGUAUCAUGUAACCUGAGCCACAUUUCUUAUUUGUGUGCUUAUAACUAGGGGUUAUAGUUUAAAGUAGACCUAGAAAUCUUUUGACUGUAUCAACCAAUCCUGUGGGUGGGGAAGAAAGUGCAUCAUUUGUUUUAUCUCUGUGUAACUUUUGUCCAUUAUUUUGGCAUGUUUGAUGAUGGCCUGCAUGUUGGCAGGUGUUUUUAUAAUUCAUGUCUUUUUAUAUUUUUAUUUGCUGUCCAUUAUUUUAUUAACACUUCCUUGGCUUCAUUCAAAGUAAUAUAUGAACUGGAUUGAUGUGGAUGUUUUGAUAACCACCACCAGUCUUUGGGCAUCAGAUUUUUGGAUUAUGUUAACAGGACAUGCAGUGUAGGACAGACCAAUUAAAAAAAAAUACCACAUUGGUAUUAAUUUUUUUUAAAAUAUUCUAAUAUUUUUUUUAUUUCUAGUAUGUUGAAUGACUAUCUCUUGGUCAUUAACCAUUAUCUAUGUAGCUUUGUGAAUUUUGAGUUGAAUUUUUACUACUGGCAUAUUUACCAAUUUUUGUAUUAUGACACCUUUUUUUUCCUCCUCAUUUAAGAGAGGAAUUUUUAAAAAUCUUACAUUUAAAGCAGAAGUAAUUCUUAUGUUAUCAAUCAUAUCAUAACUAAAGAAAGGAAAAGAAGGAAUUCUUCCAAUAUUUGUGAUCUUCUGAAGUCUUGGAUUAACUUGGUAUAACAUUUGUUGUUGUUAUGUAUGAGAAUCCUGUCAUCUGAUCUUUCAAGUGUUCCCUGUUGCUUUUUGAAAGCAUUGGAACAUUAUUGGGUCUACUUCGUGGUAAUGCUAGUGCCUUGAGAUAUUUUGUAAUAUAUAUCCUUCUGUUCUCUACUUAACCAACCCUCAGAAGUUCUAUAUGAAAGAAAAAUAUUUUUUCUAUGUGUUUAAUGGUAUUGAGAUUUUUCUCUAUUUCGACUGUUGCACCUGGUACUUCAAACUUUCUUCUGUGAUCUCUGUACAUUUUGCCUCAUGGAGAAUCUGUGAACUGCAUUUGCAACUUGAUAGGUAAGCAACCUUCCCCUCAACCCAGCCUCUCUUACCAACUAAUAAAUGUUGAACAGCAGACGAUGGUUCUAAUUUUUUGCAAAAUUUUGUUUAAAUUGUUGAAUUGUUUAGAAACAGCUUUAUACUUCCACUUUUAAAUCUAUUUAUAAGAUAUCCUAUAAUGCAGUUCACAGAUCACUCAGCACCUAUAUUUAGACUUCAUAGUGUCUUCCAUUUCUAGUCAAUCUUUUUUUUUUUUUUAUCUCUUUCUGCUCGUUACAUGUUGGGAGCUGUAAUUCUACACCAGUUUCCCAAACUGUGCUCCACGGAACUUUAGUGUUCUGCAAGAAGGCCUGAAUAGGUGUACCAUGAUUUGCUGGAGUAAUUACCUAGAAGGCCACAAAGUGAGUUAGCCUCUCUUAAAAAAAAAAUAAGCAAAUUCUUUUUUGCUUAAUACUCAGAACGUGGGAAGUGUUCCGUUUGGGGAAAAGUUUGGGAAAAACUGUUCUGUUCUAUGCUAGGCCCUUCUGUUAUAAUAUUAUGAUGGGUUGCUAUUAUUGAGGUACACCUUGUAAUGCCCAUUGUUGGAGUAACUUUCUUCCCAUUAAAGCCUUAGCAUACAGGAAGUGUUACUGCCCAUUGUUGUACCAUCUCUUCUUAAGGUAAAUCCUCAGUAACUUGAGCUAAUAAAUAGCAGGCUACUGUAAGUGUGCUGACAUUACAACUUAGAUACAUCAGCUAAGUCAAUGUCCUCCUUUUUACAAAAUCAUUAUUUUGUCAAAUAAUUCUGGAAUUAAUUAUUGUGCCAUUGAAAAAUACAAAUUCCUAUAUUUGAACUGAUGUCCUUUGAUAUUCUAACAGUAUUUGAUCUUUCAUAAUGUGCUGAUGUAGCUCUGUCUUGUUGUUCCUCCAUGUUUGUCUAUGAUCUACUGAUUCAAUUGUAAAAUGUCUUAUUUAUUUUUCUUUUCUUGUGAGCUGUAGAUAACUUACACAAAUAUUGCUCUUUUUUUUUUUUGUGUAAUAUUUUAAAAAAAAUAUGUACACAACUUGAUGUUCUGGGUACAAUUUCAAAUAGUUAAGGUUAUGGUUUUAUUAUAGAAAACACUUUUUUAAUCGAUACUUAAAGCAGACGGCCUAAAAGGGACGGGUACUGACACAACACAAGAACAAUCUUUAGUGAUGCUCUGUAGUUGGCACAAGAAAAUGUUGGGCAUGGUAUUAUUUCAUCACAAAUCUUUGAUAUAGGGUAGUGUUUUACAUUGAUAUAUAUACUUUUAUAUAGGGUAGUGUUUUACAUUGUCAAAGGUUUUUUGUUUUUAAGCUUGACCAAAACUACUCUAGCUAAACAUAUCUAGCCUAAAAAGCUAUUGUUACCUGAAUUCAAGUCAAAAUAGCUGAAUUCGUGUUGAAAACAAGAAACUGCAUUUGAUGGUUAACAUCUGUCUCAACUUAAUGAGUAGGAACAUACAGUUUGUGCAUUGUUGUAUUCAUUGCUGUUUUUUUUUGUUGGGUUUUUUUUUUGCUUAGGUCAAAGAGAACUAAAACUAAACACUGCUUUUUUUUUUUUAUUAUAUAAUUCCAAGUUCUAAUCAAAAUCAGAUAUAUCAAACAAAAUGUUUAACUGUACAAAGAAUUCAAAGCUGUUCUAAACUUGCUAUUUUUUGUGCGCUGAAGAUUAUCACAAAUGUAAUGAGUUGUAUGUUAAGUAGUUGAGUUAUUCUAUGCUGCUGACCUGUUAAGUGCCAAUAAAUACAAAUAUAUA